GGAAUCUUUUCCUCUCACUUCUUUCUUCUGUGUCAUCUCUGACUCCUGUCUCCUGCAAGCAUCGCCUUCAGUUCAACCUGUUAUUCCUAAUAUUCAUAGUGCAAACUACAAGAUCUUUCCUUGACUACAAAGAGCAUGCCGAAUCGUAUCGCAGUGUACGGCCAUCGGGGCUGGGUGGGAUCCGCAAUUGUUAGGAGCUUGAGUCAAUCGCCCGCCGUCGUCAAGGUUCUUUAUCGCCCGGGGUCCAAUGCGCAAGGCUUGCCUUCAAAUGUGACUGCAGUUCAGGUUGAUAUCACCGAUGAGGAGGCUCUGGUGGCCGCUCUCCGGGAUGUCGAUAUUCUCAUCUCCCUAGUCGGCCAUUCUGCAAUUGAGUUCCAGCACAAUCUGAUCAGGGCUAUCCCAAAGACCAAUGUUCAAUUGUUUGUGCCUUCCGAUCUCGCCGUGAGAUACAGCGGGCAGGGACUCGGGAUUGAGCUCAUCAAUGCCAAGAUCAAAGUGGAAGAGGCAGCGGAGAGAUUGGGCGUGCCGACAACAGUCGUGUUGACCGGCAACUUCGCGGAGUUUGCGCUUGACACACUAGCCAUGGGGGUGGAUUGUAGGCACAAUCGCAUCAUUUUCACGGGAAACAGUGCAUCACAGCCACUGAAUCUCUGUACCCGUGAAUAUGUUGCAGCAGCCUUUGCGUCCAUCUUCAGCACCACGCUUAUACCUCAGCUUCAAAAUCGCACCCUCAGCUUGUCAGAACUAAAACCAACCGGAGACGAGAUUGCACAAGCCCUUACGCAGAGGUUUGGAGCAACCCCAGCGAAGUUCACGGUUCCCCUUGGAGAGGUCACCUGCCGAGUAGACGCCAUGAUCGAGGCCAACAACCCUCUAGCGCUUGCCUGGUACACGCGUAAGAACUGGGGAAAUGGUGAUCAGCUGAAAUUCCUCGGGUCAGACAUUUGGGAAGUGGAUGGCUAUGACAAGAAAUCCAUUGAGGACCUGGUGGUCGCAGGAAAGCUCGGAGAGUAUCGGGCUAUGCCGGAACAGAUUACCAGCAUCUUUGAGUCUGAGUUCUUGAACUGUCAAUAG